CAAGAUAACAAGAAGAAUAGCAUUUAGAUUAAGUCCGGAGUAAUAUCGCCCUGUCGGUGCCCUUCCUCAAGCCUAGGCCUUAAAUUAAGGCAUGAUUUUAAAAUAAUUCCAGUGUUAUCACACUUUCAGUGACUUUCACACACACUGUGAUUGUGGCAUAGGCAAGGGCAUAACAUAGCAAUACAUCAUAGUAACUACAUACUACCAGGACCAACUACUACUCAUACUGUAACAUAAUAUCUGGCAACAUCAACGAAGAAUUUGUAAACAUGAGUAUCUUGCGUUUUGACGAUCUUCUUGACGCCAAGUCUUGCUGCAGUAGUAACCAUUAUAGCCCACUAUGCCCAUCAUCAUGCUUUAGCAGCAGUCUGCCAAGACAUCAUUUUCAAGAUCAUCAGGGUAACUUUCAGCAACAGCAAGGCCAAGGUGUUUCACGAGUUGGUGAAUCAGAGAUAUCUAAUACUGAGAGAGAAUACAAAAUCCGUCUUGCGCUGCAAUUCUAUCAGCCCAGUGAAGUGACGCUGACUGUAGCUGCUAACAGCUUGACUGUCGAUGCAAAGCAUGCACAGAAGGAAGACAAUCAUGGAUCUGUGGUCAGGACAUUCCAAAGAACAUACAAGUUGCCAGAGGAUUUGGAAACCAAAUCAAUAACAUCAACUAUGGAUCCUCAGGGUUCAUUGAUCAUCAAGAUUCAGAAAAAGCCUCAAGAAAAUUCCAAAGAAAUCUCCAUACCCAUCAAUUUUAAAUGAAUUUAUUUAGCCACUCCAAGCUGUAAAUAUAUAAUUUAAAAUACCGGUAUGCAUAUUUUAGAAAUGGCAGUAACAAAGAUAUAAUUUAUCAAAUUCAAUCCCAUAUGAUGAUAAAAACAUUCAAAAGGAAGAUGUGCAAUAUGAUGUUGAACACCACGGUGACAUUGAUU